UCGUCACCCAGGUUGCCUUUAUCCGUCCUGUCACCCUUAGGACUACGUGUCGGACCUGAUCUCCGGGUGUCUCUGCUAGCGGGAUGAAAUCGACACAGUGAUCACGGAGCAUCUCCUCCUCGUCCUUUUUCUCCUCCAGAAGCGGAGCUCGGCUCUCCUUCUCCUACCGGCGGAGAGAUGAGGAAUCGACUGGCCGAUUUAGCCCUGACAUUCUGGCUAUUUCUAGAGUGUGUAGAAGCCAAAAAGUACUGCUGGUAUUUUGAAGGUGGAUACCCCAUCUACUUCAUAUGUCGAUCCUAUGAGGACUGCUGUGGGACUCGCUGCUGUGUCAGAGCCCUGUCCAUCCAGAGACUAUGGUACUUCUGGGUGCUGCUGAUGAUGGGAGUAUUGUUCUGCUGUGGUGCCGGCUUCUUUAUCCGCAGAAGGAUGUAUCCGUCUCCUCUGAGGGACGAGCCCGCCUUCAACGUCUCCUUCACCAGGCACCCUGUCACCACACCGGUUUCUCAGCAGCCAGGAAGUAUGCAAGGCUUUGGGGUCAACGGGAUGACAGGCGGUGACCCGGGCGUUCCCAUGACACACCCUGCAUACCCAGCACAGCCUGGUUCUGCACAUAUGAUGAUGGCAUCCUACCCUCCACCUCCGUCAUACUGCAACCACCCGCCUCCAUCCUAUGAACAAAUAUUUCAAAACAGCGACAAGAAGUAACUUAUACGAGACAUCCUAUAAAACGGGACUUGACUAUGGAAGAGAAGAAAGGAGGCAGGUGGAGCCUGAAUAUUCACGAGGUGGAGAAGACGAUGAGGAAGAGGAAAGCUUGCCGAGUAUUUGCAAGUGAGCCGUUUGUGGACCUGAGACUUUGAAACACAGAGUCUUGUCUUGUGGAUAAGACCAAAAGACGCACAGUAACUAGAAUCAAAAUGCACAGAAAUACCCUCAUUCACUCACACACUGCUUCGUCUGAAGUGCUUCAUUUAUCUUCAUUAGUGUGGAUCCUUGUGUACAGUGACUGUGCCAGUAUUUUCAUGUAAGGACUUACAAGAAUGGACCUAUGUAGUGGAAGGAUUUGGAUUCACGUUUCACCAGUCCCCUCCACCCCGACUAAAGCUAAAACUGUGCAGAAUGGAGCAGAGAAUCAGCUCAUAAUGUAGUAAAAUGCUGGGUUUUUCUGUCAGAAUGGACAGGUUUUUUAAUCCUUCUUAACCAAACAUCUAGAAAUUACAAAACAUUGGUAAAGACACUUCAAAUAGCACCAUCUCCAAACACACAGUCCUCAAAACCAACUUCACAGACUGAUUUUCUAUCCAGCAUUUUACUGCAAGAUGGGCUCUUAACUAAAUGAUGAGUUCUUGAUGAAUUUUUUAUAACAGUAUGUGUAGUCCAGUUAUGUAAUGACAUAAUGAGCUGUACCAGUAGUCACAGGCUUGUUCUCCUGCUAGAGGCAAUGUUCACCAUAAGAUGAGUCAGACAUGAACUGUGUGACGCCGAGACGGAGCAGAGGCUGACUGUAUGCAAAUCAAGUUUGAAUAAAAUAUGCCAACUCUU